AUGGGGAAUUCCAAAAUGAGAAAAGAUGAUGAUAAUCAGUACAAUGAAUAUCUGGAAGAAUUCGUUCUAGACGCUAAAGUGUGUGAUACUAAAGUGUGUGAUCUGAAGCCAAAUUUGAAAAGAUAGCCAAUAACCUGCCUGUCAAACCCUUACAAGUUAGCAGCGAAAUAUGUGACACGAGUCAAACAAUUUAAAGAAGUCGAAAAGUUCUUUGAAAUAGUGGGGCUAGAGGUGAAUCCAACGAAGUCAGCUACUAAUACUAAGGUAUGCGCUGAUAAGGUGGUACUCUUGGAAGGAACUUAA